AUGUCUUCCGGAGCUUCUUCCACCGGUCAGCAAGCCACCAGCAGCAACAGCUCCGCCGCCUUGGGAUCUAGUCCGCCUUCUUUACCCUCUGGCAAAAGCGCCGCCAUUCCUCCAAAAGUCGCGACGGAAGAUGUAUCGGUCGAGCUCAAGAGUAUGAAGCCUGAGCGCAGCCCAGUUAGAGGCUCGAUUCCAUUAGGAGAAGAUAUCAUGCAGAUUGCUCGGAUAGGAGAGGUUUCGGUCAUGCAAAGGAUGUUUGACGAGGAGAAGUUUACCCCGAACCACACAGAUGAAGAAGGGAUUACCCCAUUACAUUGGGCCGCGAUUAACAACCAGUAUGCGAUGUGCAAAUUCCUUAUCGAAUCCGGGGCCGAUGUGAAUGCGAAGGGAGGAGAGUCAGUUGCUACACCUGCGAUGUGGGCAGCACAGCGGUGUAAUUAUUAUAUCGUGCAUCUGCUUCUCCAGAACGGCGCCGAUCCACUCCUCACCGACGUCCAAGGCUACAAUAUCCUUCAUCUGGCGACGAUUGACGGAAACGCAUUCCUGCUCGUUCUGCUCCUGCAUCAAGAGAUACCGGUGGACGUCUUGGACCAGCAGGGACAUACAGGAUUAAUGUGGGCGGCUUAUAAAGGAUACCCGGCGUGCGUGGAUUUGUUCUUGCGUUGGGGCGCGAAUCCGAAUGCCGUCGAUGAUGGUGGGCUUGCGCCGCUUCACUGGGCCCUUGUCAAGGGCUCCCUCCCUUGUGUCCAGAAGAUCCUCGAAUACGGUGCUGAUCGAUUUGCAACGACCACAGAAGGCAAAUCGCCGGCCACUGUGGCCCAAGAGAUGAACACAACGCAUGUUUGGUACCGUGCCCUGAGUGAAUGUGGCUAUGACAUGGAUGGUAGCAGGAAGGCUCUCCCGAUGGGCUUGGGUCCGUGGGUACGGGACAAGACCAUCAUGUCUAAGUUCUUUUUCCUCUGGCCGUUCCUCUUGAUCUUUAUGGUUCUCUGGAUUCUCAGCAGUAUGGCCAUAUUUGUCGCUAUUCCUGUUGCGAUUGUAGUGAUUUUUGGGCUGCAAUACAUUGCCAGGAAGGCUGCCAGCCUGGGGCCUACUGAUUACAGGAUACUCCAAAAAACGCCAUUCAUGGCAGGUGUUUUUGCGGGCUCGCUUUUCUGGGUCUUCCUCAGAUAUGUGUUAUAUGUGCUGCCAGCGACUUACUCCACGUCUCCAUUCUUGAACAUUGGUUUCGCGGGUUUUGCUUCCUUAACUACCUACUUCUACUUCUUCGCCAUGGCUACGGACCCCGGGUAUGUGCCAAAGCUUGGCAGCAGGAACCAACAGCGAGCGGUGAUAGCCGAGCUUUUCGAGCAAUGGAAGUUUGACGAAGAGAACUUCUGCGUCUACUGCAUGGUCCGAAGGCCCCUUCGCAGCAAGCACUGCAAGCGCUGUUCGCGCUGCGUUUCUAAACACGACCAUCACUGUCCUUGGAUCGAUAACUGCGUGGGCUCCAACAAUCUACGUCCAUUCGUCUUGUAUAUCCUUUGCCUGGAAUUCGGCAUCAUCCUAUUCAUUAAUCUAAGCUUCAACUAUCUCAAAGGCCUACCGGCUCCCGUGGAGCCCCAAUGCAACGUCGUAAACGAUCAGCUAUGUGACUUUGUGCUUCGCGACACCUUUACUCUUCUACUUAAUUUAUGGAUAGCCAUCCAGCUGGUCUGGGUCACCAUGCUGUGCGUCGUCCAGCUCGUCCAAGUCUCACGAAACCAAACAACGUACGAAAACAUGAGAGGCCACUCGAUCGACAGGAGCUUCCCCAGCUCGCGGGCUUUCGCUUCCGCCGUCACCGCAGGCACGACUUCGAUGGACGCUGCCGGCCUCUCGUCUUCUGGCCAGGGCCCGAACCCAGCGCUGGCGCAGGGCGUCCAGCGCCACCGUAGAGGCGGCUGCCUAUCGCAAUGGUCAUCCCUUCUUGGUUUUGACACAUUCUUCGCAACCGCACGAGAUGGUCUCCGGGAAGGUCCUCGCGCCACACGACCCAAAAACCCUUUCUCACGGGGCCUCGUCACAAACUGCCGCGACUUUUGGUGCGACCCUGCCCCCUACUUUGGAAAGCGAGACCCUGGAUCCGCGAUGCUCGGUGGUGAAAUCGUCAACUACAACCGGAUGUACGAGUCACCUUCACGGAUGCACAGUGGUGGGGGUUACAUGAGUGUGGCGGGCGACGAGGAUAUUGUAUAG